CACACACACACACAUGUAACCCGACACACCCGCACACACAGGCAGUACACAGCUCAGUCGCGGGCGCGCAGCGAGAUCGCCACGCCACGCUCUCCUCCACUCUCCAGCCAGGCCGGAGGCGAACUCCAAGGCGGGCGGCGGUCCGGCGCUCCUGCUCCCCGCAAUGCCGGCCGCUUCCGGCGCAGAUCGGGCCGACUCCUCCUCCUCCUCCCGGCCACCGCUCUCGAUCGGCGCGUGACUCUGGGUGGGCGGCCGGAGGACGGCUGGAUCUUGCGGCGGUCGGCGCGGGGACGGAAGGACGCAUCGCUCGAUUUCCCGCCUGGCAAGAGAAGAGUGAAGAGCUGAUGAGAAAGCUUGGACUACAGAGUUGAAAUCUAUUGGCUUCCAGCAAGUCCGAACAAUGCAGCAUCUUACACUUGCAGCAUCUCUGUCUGCUGCUGUUCUCUUUGCAUGCAUCCUGUAUGCUGAAAGUGCCGAUCUGAACUCUGACAAGCAGGCUCUUCUUGCAUUUGCUGCAUCCCUGCCCCAUGGCAGGAAGCUCAACUGGAGCUCCACGACACCUGUCUGCACUUCUUGGGUGGGAGUGACAUGCACACCGGACAAUAGCCGUGUACACACACUACGCCUACCUGCAGUAGGACUCUUUGGCCCGAUACCCUCGGAUACACUUGGCAAGCUUGAUGCCUUGGAGGUGUUGAGCCUACGGUCUAAUCGCCUUACUGUUGACCUCCCUCCUGAUGUAGGAUCUAUUCCAUCCCUUCAUUCCCUCUACCUGCAGCAUAAUAAUCUGUCUGGAAUCAUACCAACUACACUUUCAUCCAGCUUAACAUUCCUAGAUCUGUCCUACAACACUUUUGAUGGGGAAAUCCCAUUGAGAGUACAAAAUCUCACUGGACUUACUGCAAUCCUUCUCCAGAACAACUCUCUUUCUGGACCCAUCCCUGACCUACGUCUCCCCAAAUUGAGGCAUUUGAAUAUGAGCAACAACAACCUCAGUGGUCCAAUACCACCUUCCUUGCAGAAAUUCCCAGCUAGUUCAUUCUUAGGGAAUGCUUUUCUGUGUGGGUUACCAUUGGAACCAUGUCCUGGAACUGCGCCUUCUCCUUCACCGACACCAUCAGUGCCCAGCAAACCCAAGAAGAGCUUCUGGAAAAGGAUCAGGACAGGUGUUCUAAUUGCAAUUGCUGCUGCAGGAGGGGUAUUGUUGCUUCUCUUGAUUCUUGUACUCUUGAUAUGUAUUUUCAAGAGAAAGAAACACACAGAACCAACCACAGCUUCGUCAUCCAAAGGAAAAGCUGUUGCAGGUGGAAGGACAGACACCCCUAAGGAAGACUACAGCAGUAGUGUUCAGGAAGCAGAGAGAAACAAACUGGUUUUCUUCGAGGGUUCUUCAUAUAACUUUGACCUGGAAGAUUUGCUUAGAGCUUCAGCUGAAGUACUUGGAAAAGGAAGCUUUGGAACUACCUACAAGGCUGUUCUUGAGGACAGCACCACAGUUGUGGUCAAGAGAUUAAAGGAGAUGGUGGUGGGGAAGAAAGACUUCGAACAGCAGAUGGAGAUAGUUGGCAGGAUUGGCCAGCAUCAGAAUAUUGUUCCGUUGCGUGCUUAUUAUUACUCCAAAGAUGAAAAGCUACUGGUGUAUGACUAUGUCCCUGCUGGUAGCCUUGCUGCUGUUUUGCAUGGGAACAAAGCUACUGGAAGAGCUGCACUGGACUGGGAGACGAGAGUGAAGAUAUCCCUCGGCGUGGCGCGAGGGCUCGCCCAUCUUCACGCCGAGGGAAGCGGGAAGUUCAUCCACGGCAACCUGAAGUCGUCGAACAUCCUUCUGUCGCAGAACCUCGACGGCUGCGUCUCCGAGUUCGGCCUGGCGCAGCUCAUGACCACCCUGCCCGCCCCCGCCCGGCUCAUCGGAUACCGAGCGCCGGAGGUCCUGGAGACCAAGAAGCCGACCCAGAAGUCGGACGUCUACAGCUUUGGCGUCCUGCUCCUGGAAAUGCUGACUGGAAAGGCACCCCUGAGGUCCCCCGGGCGUGAGGAUUCCAUCGAGCACCUGCCGCGGUGGGUGCAGUCCGUUGUCCGGGAGGAGUGGACCGCGGAGGUGUUCGACGUGGACCUGCUCCGGCACCCCAACAUCGAGGACGAGAUGGUGCAGCUGCUCCAGGUGGCCAUGGCGUGCGUGGCCGUCGCGCCGGACCAGCGGCCGAGGAUGGACGAGGUGAUCAGGCGAAUCGCCGAGAUCCGAAACUCGGACUCCGGGCCAGCGACGCCGCCGGAGGAGGCCGCAGCCCAGGCGCCGUGAGGGCGGGUCGCGGAGAUGAAGGAGUCCCGUUGUGUUUAGCAGAGGUAGCUAGCUAGCUAAGCUAGGUUGCUGCAUAGUUACUUGGUUGGUUAUAUAGAUAGCUUUGAGCGAAAGUUGAUAGCCGCUUGCUUGGUUGAUUAGUGGGGUGAGGUUUCUGUUGAUCUCUGAUUUAUUCUUUUUGUUUUGAGAAAUUCUGCUGUGCCGUUUUCGGAGUAGUGAGGCUACUGAUCCUGAAUGAGUAUCUGAUGGGCUCUGCUGGUGUUCAGAGCGGUGUUUGUGUUGUUGUCCUGUAAUUUGGCAUGCUUUUAUCUUAGUGUGUGAUUAAUUCUUUCA